AAGCAACGUGACGCGUUGGCGUGUUUUGGCGCCAUGGAGACCUCUGUCGAUUGGGAUCAGUCAAUGAUCCUCGAUGAGAUCAAAACAAUGAGAGAACAGUACAACCAGCAGGUGGCCAAAGAGGAGCCGUCGCCAAAGUUCCAGUGGGAGUUUGCUUGCACACUCGCUUGUUCCCCCAGGUACGCCGAUGUGAUAGAGGCCGUGGAGCUUUUGGAAGAGCUGGUGGAGGUGGGAUUCCGGCGCGUGGAUUGCUUGCAUCACUUGAUCCUCGCGAACCUGAAAAUUGGUCAAUAUGCCAAGGCCAAGGACAAUGCUGACGUGUGGCUCCAUCUCGAGCCAGACAACGGUGUCGCGAGAAUGAUGUACUCUGUAGUUGUGGAGCGUGCCUCCCAUGAUGGCUGGAUUGCCUGGUGCGGCUUUGCCUUGCUUGCAACAGGUCUCAUCGCAGCCUGGUUGCGCAGGAAGUGAUGGGAGGCCUGUGCACCUGGAGUGAUGAAGGGGCUCAGCUGCGACUCUGCCUGGACGCUAUUGUACAUUUCCUGCCCUGUGCAGCCAGCACAGCUGAUCUUUUCUUGACACGGCAAGUUCGUUGAGGCGAC